UUUCUAUCUCUAGGUGAUCCUGGAGCAGCGCAAGCUACUGUAAGUUCUAGUACUCAUGACGCGCUUUUCAUAUCGUCGGCUGACGCAAAUGGAGCUGGCACUGCUGCUCUCCACGAUUCAUUCGCAUCAAAUUGUAAGGAAGAAACGAACGUCGGCUGGCUGCUUCCUGAGGCGGAAAUGAC